AUGCACUUCACUCAAGCUCUUCUUCCAUUUUCAUUAAUCGCUGCGGCUUCGGCCAGCGUGAUUCCUGCCCGUGAUUCUGCAGCGACUCAGAAGAUCAAAUGGGGUCCCUGCGGCUUCAACGGCACUUUGCCCAUCGUGUGCGGCAAUCUAUCCGUUCCCCUGGACUAUACCGACAAAUCAUCCAAAGCAACCUUGACCCUUAACGUUAUCAAGGCCCCUACUGCCCACAAGCCAUCCAGAGGAAGCAUCUUAUUCAACUUUGGUGGUCCGGGUGGAGAUGGACAGCAGAAUCUGGCAUCGAUCGCGAGUGCGAUGCAGGCUAUGACUGGUGGCUACCACGAUCUGAUCAGCUUCGACCCCAGAGGAACAGGAAACACCCUCACCUUCUCCUGCUACAACGACACCCUCACGAGAACCGUCAGCACGCUGAACCUCAAGCAGGAAUUGGUCAAUUCAUCGGAUACAGCUGUGGGAAGAACAUGGGCAGCCGGAAAGGUGCUUUCGGAUACCUGUCUGGGUCGGUUGAAGGGAAACAGCAGCCUUGUUGGUACUGCCUUUGUCGCGAGAGAUAUGAUGCAGAUUGUCGAUGCUCUGGGUGAAGAUGGCAAGCUCAGAUACUGGGGUGUUUCAUACGGAACUGUUCUCGGUGCAACGGUUGCUUCCAUGUUCCCGGAUCGCAUGGACAAGGUCAUUCUGGAUGGCGUGCAGAAUCCCCACGAAUACUACCGCGGAUACGAGAUCGAAACGUUCACCGACACCGACGCAACCUUUGAAGGCUUCCUGUCCGGCUGCGUGAAAUCGCCCAAGAACUGCGCGUUGGCUCGUGGAAACGCAACCACAGCCAGCCUGAAAAAGAGCAUGGCCAAGCUGUUCGACUCGAUCAAAUACCAGCCCGUCCAAUUCGGCCAGUCCCUGAUCGACUACACCUUCCUCAAAAGUCAUAUCUUCAGCACUCUCUACUAUCCCAGCUCUUAUCCUACCCUAGCCGCUCUCCUAGACAGCCUCGUCACUGGAAACGUCACCGCACAAGCAGAUCUCUGGACCACAACCCUGGCUGCACCUGCACCGAUCGCGAAUGAAGCCCUCGCUGGUAUUAAAUGCGGUGAUAAAUCCACGCGAGCAUCCAGCCUGUCCGCAAUCACCCCGAUCAUUGACCACCAGCUCCAAUCGAUCAAGUGGUUUGGAGAUGUUGCUGGAACCACCAUCCUGCAAUGCACGCGGUGGGGAAUGGCUGCCAAAGAGCGAUACCAGGGCAAUUUCCAGGCGAAAACCAAGAACCCACUCUUGAUUAUCGGAAACACAUAUGAUCCUGUCACGCCUCUUGUGUCGGCUCGCAAUGUCAGUGCUGGAUUUGAAGGUAGCGUUGUGUUGCAGCAGAACAGCUAUGGCCACAUGUCCAUUGCGCAGCCAUCCAACUGCACGAUCAAUUACAUCCAGAAUUAUUUCUUGAAUGGAACGCUGCCAAAUCCGGGCACCGUCUGUGAACCUAACAAUCCCCUGUUCUACAAGGCAUAA